AUGACACUGGCUGCAUCUGACCCACGGACCGGAGCUUUAACCAAUCGCGAUGUGGACUCUAAAUAUGGAGAGUCCUUCUGGAUCCUGCCCAGUGUCAAGCCCUUCGGCACCUCCCUGGCCCGGGCCUCCCAUAAGGCCGUGGUGCAGGAGAAGGUCAUGUGGGUGGUGGGCGGCUACACCUUCAACUACAGCUCCUUCCAGAUGAUCCUCAACUACAACCUGGAGAGCGGCGCCUGGAACACAGCACCCAUCAACAGUGGCCCUCUGCCCAGAUACGGCCACUCCCUCGCUGCCUUCCAGGAUGAGAUCUACAUGUACGGGGGGAAGCUGGAGGGCGGCGCCGGGAACGUGACGGACGAGCUGUGGUCGUUCAACACGGUGACCCGGACGUGGCUGAGGAGGAGCCCGGUGCUGGCCGUCCCGGGGCCCAGCCAGAUAUACGCCGUGGAGGGUCACUCCGCACACUGCGUCCUGCUGCCGGACGGAGAGAUGGUCAUGUUGGUCGUCUUCGGAUACUCUCCCAUUUACAGCUACAUCAGCAACGUCCAGGAGUACAGCCCCAAGUCCAACACGUGGCUGGUUCCUGAGACCAAAGGUGCCAUUCCCCAGGGCGGGUACGGCCACAGCAGCACCUACGACGGCGCCAGCAGCAGCGUGUUCGUUCACGGAGGAUACAAGGCUUUACCUGCAAAUAAAUACGGCCUGGUGGACGACCUGUACCGCUACCAUGUGCACAGCAGGACCUGGUUCAUCCUAAAGGAGAGUGGCUUCCCUCGGUACCUUCACUCUGCGGUGCUGCUCAGUGGGACUCUGCUCGUCUUUGGAGGAAACACACACAACGACACGGCACUGAGCAACGGCGCCAAAUGCUUCUCUGCAGACUUCCUCGCCUACGACAUCGGACUGGCCAGUUCCUCGGCGUCAGCACCGGACAGCAACCCCAGGUCAGACUCCUGUACAGAACUGGACAGAUUCAAAGAGUCAUCACAGUGA